UUCUUUUUCGGUCAUCCAGUUUCGAAUUAGACUGCAUUGAUAAUACCUAUGCUAUGAACCAACAAUGUUUCAUAUAAGCCAAAGUUAACAGAGAUUAAGACAUAUAUAUCUUAUCUUUUGACCUAAUUAUAUACCAUUGUAUCUUUAUAAACUUCCAUUUGGUAUCGGAUUAAUACAUGAAAUGAAAGAAAUGAUGAAAGAAAUGAAGAGUUGUCACCAUACACUUCUGCUAUUACUACCCUUGACGACGUCGUUUGUUUUCCAGUCUUUUACAUCAGUGGCGGGUGAUCAUUCAGGUUCAUUCUACGAGACCUUUCUCAAAUGUAUGUCCCACAGAAACUCAUCUGAUCGCGUCUCAUCAAUACUCUACAACCCAAACAAUUCUUCAUAUACAUCAACCUUACAAGCCUACAUCAGAAACAAAAGGUUCAAUACAUCAACUACACCCAAACCCAUAAUCAUCGUCACCCCAUUACACCAAACCCAUGUCCAAUCCACAAUCUUUUGCUCCAAAAACCUAUCGAUAAACCUCAGAAUCCGAAGUGGUGGCCAUGAUUUCGAAGGACUCUCUUACGUCUCCUACACUCGCCACUUUCUUUUACUCGACAUGUCUAAUCUCAGAACAAUCGAUGUCAAUAUCACAGAAGAAACCGCCAUAGUUGAAGUCGGCGCCACCAUUGGAGAGCUUUAUUACAGAAUAUGGGAGAAAAGUAAAGUCCACGCCUUCCCCGCCGGAGUUUGCUCGACUGUAGGAAUCGGCGGGCAUAUAAGCGGAGGUGGAUAUGGAGUUUUGAUGCGAAAAUACGGACUUACAGUGGAUAAUAUUGUCGAUGCGAUGAUAGUUGAUGUUAAUGGUAGAGUUUUGGAUAGAAAAUCAAUGGGGGAAGAUCUUUUUUGGGCUAUACGAGGAGGAGGUGGCGCAAGCUUUGGAGUCAUACUGUCGUAUAAACUACGACUCGUCGGAGUUCCGGAAACUGUCACCGUUUUCCGAGUAUCAAAGUCGUCGGAAGAAAAGGGUAUUGAUAUCGUUAACAGGUGGCAGUAUGUAGCUGACAAGAUUGAUCGAGAUCUUUUCAUUAGGUUAUAUAUAAAACCAGAUAACGCCAAGAAGACGAUUGAGGCGGAGUUUACUGGGUUUUUUCUAGGAGAUUCCGAUCGACUUGUUUCCGUUAUGAACAAAGGAUUUCCCGAAUUGGGUAUACAAAAAGACGAUUGCAAGGAAAUGAGUUGGAUUGAAUCGGAGCUUUUCUGGUCAAGCACCGAUAAAGCACCGGUGGAGGUUUUGCUAGACCGGAGUCUUUUCAAGUCACAAUAUGCAAAGCGGAAGUCGGAUUUCCUACAGAUACCGAUUCCUAAAGAUGGAAUGGAAUCUUUACUCCGGAAAAUGAUGGAAUUACGCGUCGUUGGACUUGCGUUCAACCCAUAUGGUGGAAGAAUGAGUGAGAUCCCGGAUUGGGAGACUCCAUUCCCGCAUCGAGCUGGGAAUAUUUUUAAAAUACAUUAUAGUGUGAAUUGGCAUGAAGAAGGGAGUGAAUUAGCGGCUUACUAUGUUAAUCAGACGAGAGUUCUUUAUGAUUUCAUGACUCCAUUUGUGUCUAAGGAUCCGAGAGGAGCGUAUCUUAACUACCGGGAUCUUGACAUUGGUGUUAGCAGUGUUGGGAACAAUAGCUACUCGGAAGGGAAAGUUUAUGGAGAAAAGUAUUUCAAGGGCAAUUUUGAUCGAUUGGUGAAAGUAAAGACGAUGGUUGAUCCAGGAAUCUUCUUCACAGAUGAACAGAGCAUUCCACCUCGAUUCGAUAGUAGAUAUAGAAGGAUGUUUAGGUGACCUUGGUUGGUGCAUAUUGAGAUUUAAGGGCAAUAUGAAUGAUUCUUUUUCGUACUAUUAAGAUGAGAAAUGUGGGAUUAUUUUAUCUACAAAAGAUACGUAUUUAGGCUUUUUAAGGAUAAUAACAAUAAAAUUUUGUUGUUUGUAUAAUGAGAAGGACCAGUAUUUUUACCCAUGAUAGAUAGCAAUUACAUUUCAUUACUAUUUCAUUACUAAUAUGAGAAAUAUGUUUUCUUUGUUAUGAUCACUAAA